AUGAAGUUCCUCUCUGUAAGCGGCGUGGCUUUUAUCCUUAGUCUCUCUGGCUCGGUCAUGCCAAUGGCCGGAAACAGUGACUCACAAUAUCUCCCGGUACCUGAUCCAGCAUACAGCUUCAGCUUUACGUGUGGUGGGCAACGGACGUACACUAAGGACACCCUUGAUAGAUAUGUUGAUAAAGCGCUUGGCAGAAUGAAUUCAGGUGGAACCGUCUAUACAACCCAGGCGUUCCAAUUUACUCGCCCAGGACCAUACUAUAUAACUUACAUCCAUCCUGAUAGAGAUGUCUACAGAACUCAAUUUAACAGAGAGGAACACGUCAUAUUUGAUAGAGAAGGGUUUAUUAUGGGAGGAAUGACAUACGAAGCAGUUAACAGCGUGCCAAAAUAUGUGGCCUGUCGAUUUUCUAGUUCAACUAGAUUCAUGUAG